UUCCCGCGCGGCCUCGCUUCCGUUUCUCUCCUCAGUCCUGUCGUCUCCUUCCGCCUGGCCGUUUCCAGGGUAACUAGCCGCGCCGGUCGGAGACUCCUGUCGCCCGCCUCCCAGCGGGGGAGUCAGCCCGGCCCCCGCCCGGCCCUAAUUUUGUGGGAUUGAUUGGAGUCAGACAAUGUCCACUCCUCCUCUCGCUGGGGCAGGGAUGCCUCCUGGUGCUUUCUCAGGACCACAGGCUCAAGCAGCCCGGGAAGUGAACACAGCUUCUCUCUGUCGCAUUGGCCAAGAAACUGUGCAGGAUAUUGUAUUUCGGACAAUGGAAAUCUUUCAGCUACUGAGGAAUAUGCAGCUACCAAAUGGUGUUACUUAUCAUACUGGGACGUACCAAGACAGAUUAGCAAAGCUGCAAGAACAUCUCCGUCAGCUAUCAAUACUCUUCAGGAAACUGAGAUUAGUCUAUGACAAAUGCAAUGAAAACUGUGCAGGGCUAGAUCCUGUUCCCAUAGAGCAACUUAUUCCAUAUGUUGAAGACGAUGGAUCCAAGCAUGAUGAUCGUGGUGUUGCCAGCCAGCUUCGUUUUGCUAGUGAAGAAAGAAGGGAAAUCAUGGAAGUAAAUAAGAAACUGAAACAGAAGAAUCAGCAGCUGAAGCAAAUUAUGGAUCAAUUACGGAAUCUCAUUUGGGACAUAAAUGCCAUGUUGGCAAUGAGGAACUGAACUAUGAUACAAUUUAAGUUUUUUUUGUAAUUAUGAAAAUAGACUUUCUUUAUUUGUUUGAAAAUACAUAAUUUCUUUUUUCUAAAAAGCCAUUCAUUUUACCCUCUCCUAAUCCCACUGGUAGACAAAACUCCUUUAAUGUUACUAUGUGGUUUCUUUUGCGAUAUUUAAAUGUGUUGGUUCUGUUUGUGUAAACAAUUCAUCAUGUAAUUUGUACACACAAUAGAGACUCAUUUGUGUUUACUACAAUAAGCUUUGUAACCUGUAGUCAUAUUUUGGUUAGCAUUCCAAUUCCGCUGAUAUUUUUUUUUAAGCUGACUACAAAACUUGUGUUUUGAAAUAAAUUUCUCAAUGUUUAAACAAAUAAAGCUUUUGUUUAAAAUAUA